GCGCCGAAGGUGCUGCCGCUGCACGACGACUUGAUCCCCGGUGAGGACAUCGCUCUUUCGAUGUGGCCGGAAACAUCGGCGGCCGACCUCAUCGAUGCGACGGCGUACGACAAGUGCCUCGCCGCAACGGGGCUGGCGAUCCUUACCGCCCGCGGCGACAAACCGACGAUCAACCUCGCCGACCCGCGGCGCCCGCCCGUCGCGGAGACGGGCCGCCGUCGGCAGGUCCUGCUCGGCGCUGCCGCGGCGUCGGUGAUCGCCGCCGCCGCAUGGUUGGCGUACGACCGCGUCGCGCAGCUCGACCGGCAGAUCUCCGAAAAGCAGAAGGAGAUCGCCGCCGCCGAGGCCGACGUCGAGGCCUUCGAGCCCUAUCAGUCGAAGGUCGCCGAGAUCGAAGAGUGGCGUCAGAGCGACGUCAACUGGCUUGACGAACUCGACCGGCUGAGCCAGAAGCUCCGCCCCGCGCCGCUCGACGCCAAGGACUUCCCGGUUGCGUCCGAUAUCCGCGCGACCCAGUUGAUCGCGACGGCGAUGCUCGGAGGCAACGAGCCGGGCGGGCGGAUCGAUCUGACAGCCGUCGCGCGCAGCUCGUCAUCGAGUGAACUCGAGGCGCGGCUGCGUGAUGGGAAUCAUCCGGUCGAGCCGAUCUCCACGACGGAGACGCCGGCGAAAGACGAGUACCGCUACAAGUACACCGCCCUUUUGCGCGUGCCGCCGGACACCGGCGUCGUCGCCGAUGAGGAGCCUGCGGACGAAUCGGCGAACGAGGACGUUGAAGGGGCCGGCGAAGUGGAGUCCUCCGCUGGCGAUACCGACGGGCAGGAGACGGGUGCGGCUCCUGUGGAGUCGGUUGAAGGAGGCGUCGUCAUGAACCAGCGCGAGAAGUUCUUGCUCGCCGGCGUCUUGCUGAUCGUCGCGGCGUGGUUCGGUUGGGGUUUCUUCGACUCGUACCAGGACGGUUACGCCCGCCGUAUGCGGGAGUUGUCCGAGCUCGACGAAACGCUGUUCAACACAGGCGUUGACGCCCGCCGUGCGCGGCAGUCGCUGCGAAAAUUGGAGAAGUUCCAAGAGCAGUCGCUGCCGGCGGACCCCGACGUCGCGCGGAGCGUUUAUACGGCGUGGCUCAUCGAUACGAUCCAGGCCUCGGGUCUCGAGCUCGGCUCGGUGAAGUUCGCUUCGGUGCGGCAGAACGAAGACGCUUCGACGUCGCUAUCGUUCACCUCGGUCGCCAGCGGCAAACCCGAGGCCGUCGUCAAGCUGCUGGACGCCUACUAUCGGCUGGACGUUCUGCACCAGAUCACCAAUCUCCAACUCCGCCCCGCGGACGACGAGGGGGAUGAGUGGAACGUCACGUUUACUAGCGUCGCGUUGAUCGUCAACGGCGCGCCGCGCGAGACGGGCCUGCCCGAGACGCCCCGUGAUCCCGCGCGGCUGGCGAAGCCGUCGGCGGGCGACUACGUGCAGAGCGUCGGCGGCCGCAAUCUCUUUGCAAGCUACACGCCCCCGCCGCCGCCCAAGCCGGCGCCGGUCGCGGUUGUGAAAGAAACGCCCAAGCCCAAACCAUCGCCGCCGCCGUUCGACGACGCCGAGCACGCCGCGCUGUCGGGCAUCGUCGGCUACGGCGACGCCUACGAGGCUUGGAUCGUGGUCCGCACGACCGGCGUCACGCUCCGCUUGCACGACGGCGACGCCCUGGAGGUGGGCCAGUUUAAGGGCAAAGUCGAAUCGGUCAGCCAGCGGGAGAUGACGGUCGUCGCCGAAGACGGGGCGAAGUUUACGGUCGACCUGGGCGAGAUGAUCGGCGAAGCGCAGAAGGCGUCGCGC